UUCUCUCUUUUUCAAAGUUGCAGAGCUUUAGAGAGAGAAAGAGUAGAGAGAGAGAGAAAGAGUUGACAAUGCCUACUAUCAGCGUGGGAAGGGAUCGUCUGUUCGAAGCGCUAGGGAAGACUUACACGCAGGAAGAGUUCGAGGAGUUAUGCUUCAGCUUCGGAAUUGAACUCGACGAUGUGACAACUGAGAAAGCAGUUAUUAGAAAAGAAAAGCACAUGGACGAAAAAGCCGAGGAAGAUGAAGAAGUCAUUUAUAAAAUUGAAGUCCCUGCAAAUAGAUAUGAUUUGCUUUGCCUUGAAGGGCUUGCUCAGUCCCUCCGCAUUUUCUAUAAACAAGACAAGAUACCUUCAUAUACACUGGCUAAAAUCAGUUCGGACUCUAUGAUUAAAAUGCAUGUAAAACCUGAGACGUCCUUGAUUCGGCCAUAUAUUGUUUGUGCUGUGUUAAGAGGCGUAACUUUCGAUGAAGCAAGAUACAACAGCUUUAUUGAUCUCCAAGAUAAGCUUCAUCAAAAUAUCUGCAGGCGAAGAACCCUAGUUGCAAUUGGAACUCAUGACUUGGACACGUUGCAAGCCCCAUUCACAUAUGAGGCCUUGCCACCUUCAAGCAUAGAGUUUGUCCCAUUGAAACAGGAGAGGAGCUUCAGAGUUGAUGAGCUGAUGGAGUUUUACAAAUCAGAUUUGAAGUUGAAGAAAUUCUUGCACAUUAUAGAGGACUCAUCAGUGUACCCUGUUAUCUAUGAUAGCAAUAGAACUGUUUUGUCUUUGCCCCCAAUUAUCAAUGGUGCCCACUCAGCAAUCACUCUAAAGACAAAGAACGUUUUCAUUGAAUGUACAGCCACAGAUUUGACAAAGGCCAAGAUUGUUUUAAACACAAUAGUAACCACAUUUUCAGGUUAUUGUGAAAAAAAGUUUGAGAUUGAACCAGUCGAAGUUAUAUAUUCUGAUGGAAAGUCGUUUACAUAUCCUGAUUUGUCUGUCUACAAUAUGAAAGUUCCUUUAUCAUAUAUUAAUGGUGCCAUUGGAGUCAACUUGGAAGCAGAAGAGGUCACUAGUUUGCUAAAUCGGAUGCAAUUACACGCUGACAAGUCUGUUUUAGGCAACAAUGAGUGCAGCAUUAAUGUAGCUGUGCCUCCAACUAGAAGUGACGUGCUUCAUCCAUGUGAUGUUAUGGAGGAUGUUGCAAUUGCUUAUGGAUAUAACAAGAUACCAGAAGGAAAGAUUCUAUCUUUGAAGCCGCUUCCCUUGAAUGAGCUCAGUGACCUUAUCCGGAGGGAGAUUGCUAUGAAUGGAUUUACAGAGGUCUUGACCUUUAUAUUGUGCUCUUGGAGAGAGAAUUUCACCAUGUUAAAUCGUAAAGAUGGCAAAUCAACAGCAGUGGUUAUUGGAAAUCCCCGUUCCUCUGAUUUUGAGGUUGUGCGAACCAGUUUGAUGCCUGGGAUAUUGAAGACUGUUGGACAUAACAAGGAUCAUCCAAAGCCAAUAAAGAUUUUUGAAGUGGGUGAUGUAGCAGUACUGGAUGAGACGAAAGAUGUUGGUGCAACAAAUCGUCGCCAGCUAGCAGCACUAUAUUGUGGUGCUACCUCUGGAUUUGAGCUGAUACAUGGCCUCGUGGAUCGGAUUAUGGAAGUGAUUGGAGCUGAAUUUGUUGAGCGUGAUGAGCAUGAUGGGUACUUUAUAGAACCUUCAAAUGAACCCGAGUAUCUCCUGGGCAGACAAGCCAACAUCAUUUAUUAUAAGAAACGGAUUGGCACUUUCGGCAUUGUGCACCCUGAGGUAUUAAACAACUUUGACAUUCCUGAUCCAUGCUCUUUCGUAGAACUUACAAUUGAAAGUUUCUUGGACAAGAAUCACUAGUAGACCUGCGACUUGGAACAUCAGAGCGAGAGUAGUGUAUUUUUGUCCCUGGAAAAGGGUUUUUAUACAGCGAUUAAACAUUUUUAUGCCAUUCUUCUUAACACUUGGGGUCGAAAUUUUAUGGUUGAUCAGAUCUCUAGACUCUGACAGUGUUUUAUUUAAUUUAGCAUUCUACUUUUUGUUUGAGAUCCUGGUUAGAGCUUAUAAACAAAGCGAUUGAUCCAGUUUUGUUCUGCUCAUACGAGUGCAUUAUUUCUUUUAUCCUCUAGUUCUCAAACUGUAAACAAGCCAAAAAGGCUGACUUAUCAUCUAAAGUAUUUAUACCCAACAUUUAACC